AUGAAACACCAUCUGAUGAUAGGCACAUGGACGCCGCCCGGUGCCAUCUUCACUGUUGAGUUCGACGACGAAGCAUGGACCCUGAAGUUGGUCAAGAAAACAGCCAUCCCCGCAGACGAACCGAUAUCAUGGAUGACAUUCGAUCAUGCGCGGCGGAACAUCUACGGAGCUUCGAUGAAGAAAUGGUCCAGCCAUGCCGUCAAAGCACCAGACAACAUCUCACACGAGGUUUCGCACCCGAUGAAUCAUGACCCUCGGGCUCAGAGCGCCGACACCCGGACCAGAGCCAUCUUUGUGCUCGCAGCCAAGAAGCCUCCCUAUUGCGUCUAUGGCAAUCCCUUCUACGAGCAUGCUGGAUACGGCAAUGUCUUCUCCGUCGACGACCAGGGCAAACUCGACAAGAACAUCCAAAACUACGAGUACAGCGAGCAGUCCGCCAUUCACGGCAUGGUCUUUGACCCGACCGAGGCGUAUCUGUAUUCCGCCGACAUGUGGGCCGACAAGAUUUGGACGCACAAGAAAGCGAGUGAUGGCACCCUCACUUUGGUGGGCAGCGUCGAUGCACCCUCGCCUGGCGAUCACCCUCGAUGGGUCGAAAUCCACCCCAGUGGACACUAUCUCUACGUGCUGAUGGAAGCCGGAAAUAGGCUGGGGGUCUACGUGAUCGACGAGACGACGCACCUACCCGUCUUCACCCACGACAUUUAUCCACUUGUUCCUCCAGGAGUCCGAGACCUCAAGAAGAUGUACAGGUCGGAUGUGGUCUUCUGUUCACAGAGUGGCAAGUAUCUUUUUGCAACCGCCCGGUCCAACUCGUUCAGCGUGACCGGCUACAUCAGCGCCUUCAAGCUUGGACCACAGGGCCAGAUCCAGAAACAGCUAUGCAUCAGCCCGACACCGAAUUCCGGUGGUCACUCAAACGCGGUGAGUCCUUGUCCAUGGACGGACGAGUGGUUGGCUUUGACGGAUGAUCAAGACGGAUGGGUGGAGAUCUACCGCUGGCACGAUGAGUAUCUUUCUAAGGUUGCUCACUUGGACAUCAAGGAGCCCGGCUUCGGCAUGAAUGCCAUCUGGUACGACUAG